CGCUCGCUGUUCCAGGUGAGGAGGAAAGCAGGGGGAAAGCUGUUUCUGGCACUAUUGGCUAAUUAUUACUGCAGCGUACUAGUGGGCCAAAAUUUCCACAUCCAGCGGUAAAUAGAGCAAAAACAAAACAGGCACCUGUCAUGGAAAAUAAGGAGGAGAGGAGCUGACUGCUACGAACUUUUCCUUUUCUUCCGGUCUUGCGGGGGGGGGGAAGAAAAGAGAAGUCCAACUCGGUCCGACCAGCGGGAGUCAGUAAAGGCAGCGAGCCAACACGGAGCUCGGUUACGGUUCAGCUCCUGACCGACAAGAGAACAUAUCGCUCUGCUUAGGGGAGUGUGGUCGUCUCCACCAGCAGCAGGACCCAGGCUCAAUGCAGCAUUAACAAGGUUGAGUCAAUCCACCUGCCCUGGCGGUUCUGGGUGAAGGCACCAUGCCGGAGGCUCUUGAUUCGAUCAACCUGGGCUUCCUGUCCGACUCCGAGCGUGAGCUGGUCCUGGAUGUGCUGCGACGAGACGAGGAGCUCAGGCUGGUUGAAGAACAGCGUGUGCGGAAGUUGAAGACCGAGUUGCAGGAAGUAAAGAGGAAAGGAGCCAAACUUGGCAGUGGAAAUUACAGCGAGCACAGCUGUGGCCGAUGCCAGGAGCCUCUGAGUCGCCUGACUGUUUUCUCCAACCAGUGUAAGAUGUGCAAUCACUACGUGUGCCGGAGCUGCCAAACGUUUCUGCCCAAUGGAUCCUGGCUGUGCAGUGUGUGCACCAAAGAAUCGGAUAUAAAGAAAAGGACAGGCGAUUGGUUCUAUGAUCAACGAAUCAACCGUUUCUCUGGAGCUCCUGGGCACAACCUAGUGAGGGCCUCCCUGAAAAAGCGGCCUCCAGCAAAAAAGCGCGAGACAAUUGGAGAAACACUCCUGAGGAGUGUUGAAAAUAACACAAAUCCUUUUAAACCAGUGCCCCUGCCCAGGCAGAAAGUUCAGACGGCUACCAUAAGUCAGUCAAAAGAGAAUUUGGGAUCCAUUGCUUCAAGAGAGUCAUUUGAGUCAAAGACCAACGUGUCUUCAAAGCCAACGCACAGUGACACGGAAUCGGCUGAAAACGCGAGUAUCGUCAGUGGCAAAACGGAGACCGAAUCUGGUCGUGCAACUCCUGAACAACCGAGAGCCCACAACUCGGUGCCGUCCAGCCCAACAGGAUCCAGUGUUUCCAGCCUGACUGUUCCCAUGAAAGCCGAUAUCGUUCACACCGACAGCGGAAACUCAAACAGCAGUGCCCCUGUGCUGCAGGUGAAACCAGCUGAUCUGAGCCUUGAGCUUGAAGUAGACAGACUCUUCAAGAAGAGCAUCAAACGAGCCCCCAAACCUACAGAAUGUUUAUCAACUCUGGAUCUUCGUGAUGGAUGUGAGGCACCAGCAGCUUCCAUGGGCCACCGAAGUCGCUCUGUACCAGGCUUGGAUGUACAGGAGGACGAAGACGAGGAAGAAGAUAUUGACCGCUUAGUGAGCUUUCAUAAAUUAUCAAUGGCUAAGAGUUCUUCCAGCCUUCAGAGCUCCAAGGGCACACUGGGCAGCCUGAUGAGUAUUUACAGUGAAUCAGGAGACUUUGACAGUGUGGAGGUGAGCGGUGAUGUUGUUUUCUCUGUCAGCUACGAUGAACACACACAAAGCCUCUAUGUGCUCAUCAAGGCGUGCCACGAUCUGGCCCACGGUGAUGCCUCCCGGCAGCUUUCCAACCCUUAUGUUAAAUGUUAUCUGCUCCCUGACAAAUCUCGCCAGAGCAAGAGAAAGACCAGCAUCAAGAAAAAAACCACCAACCCUGUCUAUAAUGAAACAUUAAAGUACACCAUCAGUCGUUCAUUACUGGCCACCCGUUCUGUGUUGAUAUCAGUCUGGCAUCAUGGCCGCCUCAGCCGCAACACCUUCCUGGGGGAAGUGGAAGUCGCUCUAGACUACAGAGACCUUGAUUCAUCAAGUGAAUCCUGCAUGCGCCUCUUGGCGAAGGCAGCUUCUGUUGUGCAACCUUCAGCUUUUGCUCAGUACAAGGGAGAGCUAGUGAUUUCACUCAAGUAUGUCACGCAUAAAAAGACAACGGAGAAAGUCAAAGGUAAAACAAAAGCAUAUAAAACCGUUUGCUGGACAUUCGUUGCCUCUAAUCUUCAAGUUUUUAUUUUCUCUUCAGGCAAGAAAUCUUCAACUGAGGAAGGCGGUGAGCUGCAUGUCCUAAUUAAGGAGGCAAAGAAUUUGACAGCAAUCAAAGGAAGCACAUCAGACAGCUUUGUUAAAGGAUAUUUGUUCCCAACAAAGUCCAAGACUACAAAGAAGAAGUCUGCAGUGGUGAAGAAGAGCCUGAAUCCCCAGUAUAACAGCACAUUUGUGUAUAAAGAGCUGACUCUGGAGCAGCUGAAGGAGAUGUGUCUGGAGUUGACUGUGUGGGACAGAGAGGCCAUGCUGAGCAAUGAAUUCCUGGGAGGAGUCCGUCUCAGCUCAGGAAAAGGCAUUAUAAAAGUAGAAAAAGAGGAAGUGGUGCUGGAUUCUGCUGGAGAGGAGGUCAGCCUGUGGCAGAUGAUGAUGCAGUACCCUGACUCGUGGGCAGAGGGCACUCUUACACUGCGUUCCACAAUGGGAAAAACUAAGAAUAAAUGAAGGACAGCAGAGGACCGAAGCCUAGGAAGUAACACAGAUGAGCUCUGGCUUUACAGACAAACACGAGUCUAUGCAUUAAUUUUGUUCUGUAAACAUCUUUAACCUGAAACCAUUUCUCCCUCAGCUCUUCCUCUGCUCACACCAUGUAGAGGUCUGGUUCUGUUCACUUCCUGCAGACUUGCUGUUGGAAAUGUGCCAAAGCGUUACAACACUACGUCACUUUGCUUUUGAAAUUCAGGCUGUUAUUACCAUUAGAAAUGCAUAGCACUUAGCUCAGAAGUGUCUUCAUUUUGUCACUCUGGUUUUUGCAUUUGUGUACAAAAUAACACUAACUAAAAAUUAUAUGUUAACUGAUAUUGCAGAUAAAUGCUGGGUUUAACAGUUAUGCUUAACUGAAUCCAAACCUUUGUGCUUUGAUGGUUAUUCCAUUUGCACAACAUGUUUAAAAUAAAUAAAACCAGAAUUGUUUUUAUGUUUUAAUGUUAAACUCAUUCCAUAGUGAGGUCAGUCACAUUUAUCUUAAGGUUGCCUUGAAUAUCCUGUUCACUUAAUAAAAGUUAACUCAGUAAA